AUGACCUCUCCAGGCUUCUACAUCGACCACAGCGGCAAUCUUACUGUUACCUCACAUCUACCUCCCGUCAAAGCCGAAGACGGAGAGCUUUUGAUCGAAGUCCUGUAUUCGGGCGUCAACCCAGCUGAUACCACGUACACGACAAUCCUGGAAAUUCACGACAUUGUUUUGGGAGCCGAUUUCUGCGGACGUGUUGUUGACGCCUCCAAGGUUAAAAAUUCCCGUUUCCAGGUUGGCGAUGCCGUUGCGGGGUACACUUACACGGGCAAUGGACGGCCUGCGCGGUACGGCACCCACCAGGCCUAUCUAGCGACGCCGCCCGAAGCUGGCGUGUUCAAGGUUCCUGACGGGAUGCCGUACACUGAUGCCGCCGCUCUCAUGAGUACUCUUCAGUCCGCGAGCGACGCCUUAUUCAAUCGGCUAGAACUUCCAGUUCCGUCCGACUCGAUAAAGUCCGCAUCCUUGGACUGCACAUUGAUCAUCUGGGGAGCGAGCACGACCUUGGGAGUUGCAGCCGUUCAGCUGGCCCGGGCUAUAGGCGUUCGCAAUAUCAUUGUCACAGCGACAAGCUCUCGGCACCAGUUGUUAAAGGAUUUGGGGGCCACACACUGCUUUGAUUAUAAGGACCCGGAUGUCUCCAUUAAAAUCAAGGACGCUGUAGAAGCAGCCGGGUUUGAAGAUAUUCGAGGAUUUGAAACGGUCGGCAGGGCAGAGUCCUAUCGCCUUUUUCUCGAUACAAUGUCGACCUUGUCGGGCAACCGUCGAUAUGCUUUCUCAUUCAUGCAUUCGGACGAACGUCCCGCGAGUGAGAUGCUUCUAGGUGGGAGACACUACGACGUUCAUCUUAUCUUCAAAGGAGGCCACAAAACCGUGUUCAAAGCUCGACCAGAGGAGGCGGCGAGAAUCUGGACUGCUGUUGAGUGGGCAGUUGCCAACUAUGGAGUUAGGUUUCGACUGCCUAGUGUUCGCGUGUUCGAAGGCAAGGCGGAGGACGCACUGGUAGCAAUGAAGGAGAUUGCUGAGCCUGGCUCAUUUGGAAAACUAGUCAUCAAGCAGCCCAUGCAGUAG